GGGAGGGAGGGAGCGAGAGAGAGCGAGAGCUCACAGCGACCAUCUCCUCCUCCACUUGCGCUUCCUCUCUUCCAGCACACACUCCUUCCCUCUGAUGCCGACUGGAUGCAGACCAGGGGAUUUCCAGCAGCUUCCUGAGUGCGUGUCCUCCCUCUCCUCCCUCCUCCUCCUACCUUGUGCUCCAACAUCCGGAGCUUCUCCUCUUCGGUCUCCUCUUUUCCUCCCGCUCUCCAUCACCAGGAUGUGGCACUCGGUGGCUCUGCUCCUCUCCGGAUUCUCAGCUUUAAUCCACGUGUCGCUGCAGGGUCCUCACCAGAGGAACCUGCUGAAGAAUCUCCUCAAGGACUACAACCGGAUGGAGCGACCGGUGGCAAACGACUCCCACCCUCUCACCGUUCACUUCUCCCUCAGUCUGAUACAGGUCAUGGACGUGGAUGAGAAGAACCAGGUGUUGACCACAAACAUAUGGCUGCGGAUGAGUUGGUUCGACCACUAUCUCAAGUGGAACCAGAGCGAACAUCCCGGGGUUAAAAACCUCCGCUUCACCACAGAUCAGGUGUGGACGCCGGACAUCCUGCUCUACAACAGUGCAGAUGACGACUUUGACUCCACCUUUAAGACCAACGUUCUGGUGAACUCCAGUGGCUACGCCGAAUAUCUGCCUCCAGGAAUCUUCAUGAGCACAUGCAACGUGGACGUCCGCUGGUUUCCUUUCGACAUCCAGAAAUGUGAGCUGAAGUUCGGCUCUUGGACGUAUGACGGUUGGCUGCUGGACCUUCAAAUGAAUGACGCGGAUAUUUCGGGCUUCAUGCCCAACGGAGAAUGGGACCUAGUGGGUGAGUAUAGGGCGAAGCCUCCGGAUUGUAUAACUCAUCAAAAACCAUCCAGUCACAGAGCACACGAGCAGAUCUCUGUCCGCCGCUUUCCAGGAGUUCCCGGCACCAGAAACGAGGCCUUCUACGACUGUUGUAAGGAGCCGUACCCCGAUGUGACAUUUGUUGUGACAAUACGCCGGCGAACGCUCUACUAUGCCCUGAAUCUGCUCAUCCCCUGUGUGCUGCUUUCUUCUAUGACUCUGCUCAUCUUUGUGCUGCCAGCCGACUCUGGGGAGAAGAUCUCGCUGGGUAUCACUGUCUUGCUGUCUCUUACUGUUUUCAUGUUGCUGGUCGCAGAGAUCAUGCCAGCCACAUCUGACUCUGUUCCACUUAUAGGUCAAUACUUUGCCAGUAUCAUGAUAAUCGUUGGGAUGUCGGUCAUCGCCACGGUGGUGGUUCUGCAGUAUCACCACCACGAUCCAAACGGAGGAAACAUGCCCAAAUGGGUGCAGCUCGUCUUGCUGCAGUGGGUCGCGUGGUUCUUGCGUAUGAAGCGACCAGGAGAGAAUGACGACCCAGAGCGGCCCCCGUGUGCCCCCCAUCUGCGCCGCUGCUCCUCUGCCUCCCAGAGCGGCAGCAUCCCCAACCCCCCGGACCCCACCCUCCAUCCGCUGCACCCACAGAACCUGGCUCCUCUCCAGACAGGGCCGCUCCACGCGGGACACCCUCACCUCCAGUCCAGUGCAAACAACAACGGGAACCUUCUUUACAUGGGCUUCCAGAGCAUGGAGGACCCUUCAGUGCUCUCAGAGCCCCUCCAGAGGAAUAACAUCUCGGUGGGGCCGCCACGAGUAGCAGGAAGCCCACCUCCCCACCUGCAAUCUCAGUUCUGCAGCUCCCCACCACCUCCUACGCCUAAUAUCGAUACUGUAGGCUGUCCCAGCACCGUCUCCAGUGGUGGGGGCUUUGGAUGUGGACCAGCAGGACUUGGAGGGUGUUCGACUGCCGGGGUAGGAGACCCCCAGCUGCAGGCUAUCCUGGAGGAGGUGCGUUACAUGGCAGACCGUUUCCGGGAGCAAGACGAGGCCGAGUGCGUGGCUGACCAGUGGAAAUUUGCGGGCGCUGUAAUCGACCGUCUUUGUCUGGUGGCGUUCAGCGUCUUCAACAUCAUAUGCACCAUUUCAAUCCUCAUGUCUGCUCCAAACUUUGCUAUUGCUAUUUCAAAGGACUUUGUUUGAGAGCAAAGAGGAAAGUGUGAAGGACUGGAAGAGGGGAAUUAAAUACAAGAUGACGGAUGGAGUGGAACAGGAAACACAAUUUCCAGCGGUCUGUAGGCUUGGUGAUAUGUGAUUGCGAGGAACUGGGAAAUAGGAAAAAAAAAAGGUUUUCUUUGCAAUUCAUUCUGUUUUGGAACUAGAAUCUAAGAAGAAAACUGAUGAGGAGGGAGAUACAGAGUGAAGUUAAAAUAAGAUUAGGUCGAGCAGGGUGCUUUAUCAGGUUCUUGCCAAGGUGAAAUGGAUGUUGGUUAAUUCAAAGACUUUCCCCUUAGAAUUAAGGGAAAGACGGAUCAGGAGAGGAAAAAUGAGAGAAGAUAAAAGUGUGCAAACUCAAGUGGCACCAGCUCUUAAAGCAAGGAUGAGAUAAAGAGAGGAAGAGAGCAGAAGAGACAAGGCAGAUAGAUAAGGACAGAUAAAUAAGACAGUCAUUUGGCUGUUUUAUUUUCCAAAGGAGGGGAGGCAGCCCUUCACUCCCACACAUCGAGAGCAUCGUUUAAAGUGACGUGAGGAGGAGAGGAUGCCGGGGAGAGCGAAAGAGACUUUUACAAGGACAAACAACAAAGAGCAGUCGUGAAGGAAUGAGACUUCCUCCCUCGUGUCAUUGGCAGAUUCGGGCGGAGUAAGCAGCUUGAUGCUCAGAUGCACAAAAAGUGGAGCGGAGAUCAAGAUCACGAGCGCCGCAGCAGAGGAGCUUAUCUAUUAUUCAAUCACAUCUAUCUAAUGACCGUCAAAUUGAAAGACCUCGGAUAAUCUUUAAGACUAAUAGGCUUUUAAAAGAUGAAGUCCCCUUUUCCAUUCGCAAACCACUUUCACUAAUUUCCAAGGCCUUAUCUCUUUGAAGCGAUUGCCAAUCUGCAACAAUCAGCGGACAUCAAAAGCUCCACAGCGGCGGGCCCACCUUGAAGCGCUCACCAUGACUGGGGAAACUGAAUUAACAGGUCACCAACAAGGCGGUGGCCAGUGGCUGCAUCCCAGUGGAGGUUUUGACCCAACAAGAAGUUACCAAAGUGUGUCUGACGGGCCUACCGGAUCAAACAAUCUAAAAUAUCACAGAUUUAUUGGCUGAAAUGAAAUGGGAAGUUUCAGGUAAAAAUAUCAAGAGGCACAAAUAGGGUGAAGAUCAUUCAAAAAUCCUGAAAUGAAAAGGGGGGCAAGUAACAUCCCAUCAAAUUACUGUAAAAUCCAUAAGGGGGUUUACAGCUUCAGCAGUUUCCAACAGUGUGUGUAGCACAUUGCCCCGAGCAGAUUUGCUCCCCAAUAAAAAGGUAAUUUUUAAAAAAAAUGGGCCACAACGAUAAAGUUACAAAAAGCCAAAGUCACUUCCAAAAACACAGCUGUAGUUUUAUUCAUUGGUUGGGGACUAUUUUCCACUGUGGAUUAACACACAUUAGGUACUGUAGUUAGUAUUCACUAUACGACAACAAGAAAACUAUCGCAGCCUUAUCCAUUGACUUUUGCGUUGACACCACAAUCCAGGGUGGACACUUUUUCACCCAGUGGCUAUGAACAUGUGUUCUCUCACUGUGAACUGCUACACCGAGUGUAGGGAAAAUUGUACAAAUCCCUCAUCUCUUCACCUUCUUUCAUCUUCUGUCACCUCUCGCUUCCUUGUCUCCCUAGCAGGUGGAAAAAUCAACUUCCUGUCGGGGGAGGGUGUGCAGGAGGAUGUUCUCCUUCCAGCACACACCGACACCGGCACCCUCACAUCCCUUGAGAACAUUUCUCAUCCUGAAAAUAAAGUAUUUGUCCCUGA